GUACGCGAGAGUGACACAAUACACGGAAGUUUUCACAUUGCUGUAUGAUCACAAGGCUUCUGGCGAUAGUUACAAUAAAGUCUCCGAGCGUUCGGUGCGAAAUGGAGCUGGAUUCGACCAUCGUUGUCAUGAUUUUGUGGCUCAGGAUGCUGGGAUAGGCGCCAGUCCCAUGUGACCCUGUAGAGGACAAGUGGGAGGACAUGGAGGUUCCUACAUUUACCUGCUUAUUUGCAGAGGCUAAUGCCAUGGUAGACUCAGUUUCAUACAUGGCAGUCGUGGCUCUGUGUAACUGGAAGAUGAUACACAGUUUUGCUUGUGGUAUAUUGGCCCAAACAGUGGUAUGUAAGCACACAGAUAAAAUUAUAUCAUCUAAACGGCCAUCAAUGAUGAUGUCUGGGAGCUUAUCAAUGAUGACUGAAUGCCCAUCAUUAAUGAUGUCUAGACACUCAUCAGUGAUGAUGUCUAUAUGGUUAUCAGUUAUGAAGUCUAAAUGCUUCUCAGUGAGUAUGCCUACAGGCCCAUUACUGAUGAUGUCUGGAUGCUCAUUAACGACAGUGCAUUGGCGCUUAUCAAUGAUGAUGUCUGGACGGUUAUCAGUAAUGAUGUCUAAAUGCCCAUCACUGAUCAUGUCUGGAGGCUCAGCGCUGAAGAUGUUUGGACACAAUAAUGAAGAGUUCCGAGACAUAAAACCUGAUGAUAAAGUCUGUGAAGAAGAUAUUCAUGUUGAAGACAGUUGCUGUGAAAAGAAUGAAAAGGAAGAUUCCCAUGCUGUAACUGUCUGUGAAAUCUCCACACCUAAGAGAUAUGUUGGAUUACAAAAUCAGGGAGCCACAUGCUAUUUGAACACAGUACUGCAAAUACUUUUCAUGACAAAGGAAUUCAGAGAAGCUGCAGAAAGGUACCUCAUGAAUAAUUCCACCAUAAAUAAUCACAUUGCGCAGUUAUUUGAGCGUUUAAAGUCUGGAGAGAGAAACACUGUCACCACUGAAGGAAUCACAGCUGAACUUAAAAUUAAUGUUCAUAAGCAGGAAGAUGCUGCAAAAUGUCUUCAGAAGAUACUUAAUGUGGUUGAUCCUAAGAUGUCUGAGAUAUUUCAGGGAAUAAAGGUGGACACAACUACUUGUAUAAACCCACCAAAUUACCAUAAACCUCUGGAGCAAGUUAAAUCCUUUUUCAUUCUAUCAAUUUCCCUGGAGUCAGACACUAAUAUAAACCUGCAAAGCUGUUUUAAUUCAUAUUUCAAAUCAAUCUCCAUGAGAGGGGAAGGCCAACAAAUUUACUGUAAAGACUGUAAGAUGAUGAUGGACACAGAUAUGAGCUGCAGUUUGGAGAAAAUACCUUCAGUUCUGGUUUUGCACUUGGAGAGGUUUGAACUGGAUUAUGACACCAUGUGCUGCAUAAAGAACUACUCCAUAGUCCAAAUUCCUGCACAAUUAUGCAUUGAAGAGCAAGUUGUUAAAGAUAAGACUGGUAUAAAUCACAUGUAUGAUUUAUAUGCUAUAGUCAACCAUUUUGGUUCUCUCAAUGGUGGACACUACUAUGCCCACAUCAAAUCAUUUGAAAAUCAGAAGUGGUAUGAGUUUAAUGACAGUGAUGUAAACGAGAUAAAGUGUCAUUUGGACAAAGACUUGUCUAGUGAAGAAGCAUACUUAAUUUUAUACAAAAAAUCUGCAACAGAUUUAGCAGACCCUGGCUGUCAUUCUAAGGUAACAUUGCAUACACAAGACAUUGAAGAAAGAAAAUCAGUUGAAUGUGAUAACCCUGAGAAAGAUGAGAUGAAUCAUGAUAACAACAAAGAUCCUGUAGAGUCACAGUUUAUUUCCAAUCAGGCAGAGCACCAAGCAGAUCUCACCAAAACCUCUGCAUCGGUUCAAACUCGGAAAACUCGGAAGAGACAGAGUGUGUUGGAACAGGGUGAUGAAGUUUUGUGCAAAAAACUUGCAUUAGAUUCAAUAGCAUCAGCAACCCCUGGCUGUGAUUCUCAGGAAACAUUGCAUGCUCAAGACAUUGCAGAAAGUAAAUCAGAUGAAUGUCAUAACCCUGAGAAAGAUCAGACGAAUGGUGAUAACAACAAAGAUCCUCUAGAGCCACCGCUUAAUUUAAAUCAGGCAGACCACCAAUCAGAUCUCACCAAAACCGUUGCAUCAGUUCAAUACCAGGAUUUGCAGAUGCUGUCAGAAGACAUGAAGUUUGUAGUUUCAGACAAAAAAUUUGCAUUAGAUUCAAUAGCCUCAGCAGACCCUUGCUGUGAUCAAGACAUUGCAGAAAGUAAAUCAGAUGAAUGUCAUAACCCUGAGAAAGAUCAGACGAAUGGUGAUAACAACAAAGAUCCUCUAGAGCCACCGCUUAAUUUAAAUCAGGCAGACCACCAAUCAGAUCUCACCAAAACCGUUGCAUCGGUUCAAUACCAGGAUUUGCAGAUGCUGUCAGAAGACAUGAAGUUUGUAGUUUCAUACAAAAAAUCUGCAGCUGUUUCAGCAGCCUCAGAGACUGGCUGUAAUUCUGAGAAAAUAUUGCAUAAUCAAAACAUGAUGGAAGAAGUAAUAUACCAUGAAUGGAAGAACACUGAGAAGGAUGAGACGAACAAUGACAACAGCGAUUCUAUACCUGAACCAAAUCAAAGCACCCAUCUAAUGUCAGAUAAAGAAUUAAAAUGUGUAGUUGUCACUGUGCCAAAUACUAAUGAAAGAGGCCAAAAAACAAGAAAUGUCAAUAUCAUGUUUUUACUCAGGUGUGUUUUGUUGGUUGUUUUUGUCCUUUUAUGUAUAAAAAUAAUGUUAUAGUAUUGUGAAAUUUAUGAAACUAUACCAUAAAUUAUUUAAUCUCAAGAUUAAACAAAGUAUAGUUUAAGAUUUAAUCAGCAGUGGCUUAAUGCCUCACCCUCAGAAAGCUGUGGCAUUAAUUAUAAAAGAUGUACAGC